GCAUAUUUAAUUUAUUCAAUGUUCGCAAAUUUAAAGAAUGCAAGGUGCAAUAGACUGUACUCCUCACGCUAGUAGGAGAACAGACGUUUUCGGUUUCCAAGAUGGCGAGAGCAGCGGUUGUUCUCCCUGUGCCCAUGCUGGAGGAAAUUGCGACUUUGCAAGGAAACAAACAGAGUCUGGAGAAGGAAGUUGAGGACUUCCUGAGCAAUGUUGCGUCGGAGAAGCAAUUGCAGGUCGAUGUGGCCAAGGCGAAAGCGGACGACAUUGCCAGACUGCAGGGACAACUUGCCGAGGUACAGAGGAGCGUGAGCGAGGCCAAGGCGUUGUUCGCCAAGGAAGAAAAGGAUCAUGCUGCUGCUCUCGUCACGGCGAGGAAAGAUGCAACAGCCUGGGUGAAGAAGGAGUUGAGUGAGGGAGUGGAGAAGAAGGCGCAGGAGAUCAUUGCGUCGCUUCAGAACGAGUCAAAGCGUCUGGACGUACAGUCUGUGGAAAGCGAAAAGACUGCCGACACAACAGAAGCGAAGCAAAAGGAGAAGGAGAAGGCACAGGCUGGGGCAGAAGAGCAGCUUGCGGCAGCGAAGAAGGAGGCUGAAACGGCCGGUGUUGGGGACCCGGAAGCCCUUGCAGCCAUGGAGGCAAAGGUCGCGGAAGCGACCAGCAAAGCAAGUGCUGCAGAGGCAGAGAACCAAGAACUGAAACAAAAAGCUGUUAGGGUGGCGGAGCUGCAGACAGAGAUAAAGGAACUCCGUGAGAGGAUCGCAAAAGCACCUAAGAUUGAUGAAGCGGAGUUGGAAAGGCUGCGUGCAAAGAAAAAGCGGAUCGAUGCUGUUGACAUGGAGGAGGUGGAGAGGCUGCGAGAGAUGGUUGCGAAGCUCCCGUCACUUCAAGCGGAAGUGAAAGAUCUAAGGAAGGCAGCCGAGGAAGCUGCGAAAGUAGAUCUCACAGAGAUUGAAUCCUUGCGCGAGAAGGUCGCCAAGGGUCCCGGAGCGGUGGAAGUUCCAGCAGGUGCUGUGCCGGCAAUCGACACGAAAGAACUCGAUGAGCUGAAGCAGCAGGCUGCAAAGCUGCCGGCAUUGGAGGCAGAACUGGCCUCACUCACUAAGCAGAUUGAGAGUAAGAAUGCAGAGAACGCCGCCAAACUCGAAGAGCUGAGAAAGAGUGCCCGGGAGGAUGCAAUGAAAGAAGCUGCGGCAGCAGCAGCUGCCGCGGGAGGGGGAGCCGAUUCCGCAGAGAUUGCUUCACUUAAGGUCCAAGCGAAAUCGGCGGCAGAUUUGGAAGCGGAAAUCGCCGCUUUGAGGGCCGUCACGACGCGGCUUCCGCAGCUAGAGCACGAGAACCAGACGCUGAAACAGCAGCUAGGAAAAUGAACAGGAAAGAGGGGCCUGGAGGAGGGGCCAAGCCGUCAACCACAAGCAGAGGAGUAGGAACGGGAGCAGGGGCGUUAUGCUGACGGAGGAGGGGCACGCGAUCAACCAAAAGCGGUCAGCUAUGAUAGAGGAGUAGCAGUGUAGUACCCGGCAGGGUAACUAGCGCAAGAACAGGAGCAGGAGAAGAGUCUUAGGAGAAGGCUCAGGACGUGCAUGGCGAUAAGGGAAGCGAGAGCUGGAGACGGAGCAUCUUCGAGAGCGGACUCAAAGUUAGAAUGAUGAUGAAGUCGGCAUUCGUAAGGAGGAGGAGCAAAAUUUUCCCUGGUAACAAGGGAGAGAACACGAGCAGGAGAAUAGUACUCUCUCAGGACAGGUCAGACAAUGAAGGAGAAGGAGAAGGAACCAAAGAUGGAGCAUAGAGUGUUGUCCAGAUCAGACUCGCCCGUGAAUUGCGAAAAAGGCGUGCGGAAAGGAGGAUGGCGACAUGGAGUAGACAAAUGGACACUGAGCACCCUUCUCCUGGACAGUAGCAGCAUACACCCUAUCGUGCCAGCGAAGUUCACCUGCGGGACCAGAGAAAAAGAGAGCCAUAGACGCAAAGAGAGCCGCAGAUAGAUAGAUAGAUAGAUACAUAGAUAGAUACAUAGAUAGAUAGAUAGAUACUGAUAGAUAGAUAGAUAGAUAGAUAGAUAGAUAGAUGGAUAGAUAGGCAGUAGACAGACGUCCCAUACAAAGGCAAACACACAAAGGUAAUCUCUCAUCCGCAGCUAUUGAACAUAGAUACUUUUCUAGGAUGCAUCUGGCCGCAAUGUCAACCACUUUCUGUCCAAAAAAAGGUACUUUAGUUUUCUUGUGCACUCUGUUCCAUUGAGGACUGGGCUCUAUGGAGGUGAAAACUUCCCACCUCUGGCAUAUUGAUGU